AUGGCCCAGGAAGGCCUCCUGGAAGAGCUGAGGGCAGAGUUCAGCUGCCCUGUGUGCCUGGACUGGCUGACAGACCCAGUGACCCUGGACUGUGGGCACCACUGCUGUGCCUCCUGCCUCCAGCAGUGCUGGCAGGACCUGCUGGACAUCCUCCCCUGUCCCGUCUGCCAGCACCACUGUGCCUACAGGAAGCUGCAGAAGAACAGCCAGCUGAGUGCCCUGGCUGACAUGGUGAAGCAGCUGCCCAGCUCAGGGAGCAAGAGGAAGCAGCAGCAGGAGCAGCCCCUGUGUGAGAAGCACCAGCAGGUGCUCAGCCUGUUCUGUGAGCAGGACCAGCAGCUGGUGUGUGUCCAGUGCAGGGUGUCCUGUGAGCAGCAGGGUCACCCUGUCAUCCCCACUGAGGAGGCUGCUGCUCAGCACAGGAGAAAACUCAGAUCCCACGUGCAGAUCCUGAAGAAGCAACUGGACGAUGCUCACAAGGGGUUACAUAUGCAGGACAAAGAAAGACGUGAAUUCAGAGAGAAGGUGAUAAUUAAACGAACUUUAAUAUUUUGGCAAUUCAAAGAUUACAAUUCUUUCUUGAGAGACCUUCAGCAUAAGUAUGACAGUUGGCUACUAGAAGAAAUGACGAAUGUUUCCCAAAAGAUGACUGAGAGCAGAGACCAGCUGUCAGCCUUUGGCUCCUCAGUGAAGACUCUGCUGAGGGAUCUCACAGACAUGUCUGUGCAGACAGACCUGCAGCUCCUGCUGAGGGCCACAAGACUCCAGCACCUGCUGAGCAGCUGUGAAGAGUUGGAGGUCCCAGAAGGCUUUUCCCACGCAUCCAAGGAAGAGUUCCCCACUAUCCUCUCUCAUUGUCUUGAUCUUCACAGUGCCAGCAAGUUUCAGGUGUAUUUGACACUAGACCCUGAGACUGCUCAGCCAAAUAUCAUCAUCAGUGCAGAUAGGAAAAAGGUUCUGUUUGAGGGUAAAUUGAUGGUAUCCACCCCUGCUCCCAGCCCCAAGGCUUUUACUUCUCAUCCAGCUGUCCUGAGCUCUGAGGGCUUUGAAGCCGGCAGGCAUUUCUGGGUGGUAGAAAUCAGAGGCACAGGCAGGUUCUCCUUAGGUGUCUGCAACGAGACUUUCUCCAGACAGGUGCUGAUGCCACAGACCCCAACCAAUGGCUGCUGGCAAAUCCAGCAGCCCAUUGGGACUCAUGUCAACUCAGUCUCAAGGAGAGAGACCAUUGGCAUUUUCCUCGACUAUGAACUUGGAGAGAUUUGGUUUUAUGAUAUCACUGAGAUAUCACCAAUCAGGCUACUCACUGACACCUUUACAGAGAAACUGAUUCCCUAUUUUGCUGUGGACCCUUCUUCCUCAGCAGUGGAAAUGACUAUGAGAUAA